CCACACCCGAAAAUAAUGAGAAUAUAAUCACCAAAUGAGAGGUUGCUUUUGCUCUUUCUUGCUUAAUUGGGAACUCGGGAUCCAGCUGAAAAGAGAAGAAGCGAAGCUAGAGAGAGAGGGAGGGAGGGAAGAUGAGAGCAUACGGUGGAGGAAAGAGGAGGCGAGUGGCAGUGCAACCAUUUCUCGUUUUGUGUGCAUUGGUGACUGGUUUGGGGCUCUUGAUGCUCGCGCUCAGGCCCUUGGAUGCAACCACUCCUGGCCCUCUCGAGAGAGCUUCCCAGGACUUUAACACUUCCAUCAUCAAUGGCUCCAGUGCGGAAGCCGUGGCCUCUCGGCGCGUCAAACUGAAGGCCUGCGCCACUGUGGAAGAAAUGGGGAAGGAUUUCAGAAGAGGUGUUGCCAAGGAGUCCCUCAGAGUCAGAACCGUUAUCCAUAACCAUUUUCUUAACAAUGGUGCUUCAAGAGUCAGGGAUUUGCCCCCAGAUCAGUUCUGUAGACAUGGCUUUGUUCUCGGGAAGACAGCCGAGGCAGGUUUUGGUAACGAAAUGUACAAGGUCUUAACUGCCGCAGCACUUAGUGUGAUGCUAAACCGGUCCUUGAUCAUUGGUCAAACCAGAGGAAAAUAUCCUUUUGGAGACUACAUUUCUUACUCCAACUUUACUUUUACGAUGAAAGAAAUCAAGCAUUUGUGGAGAAACAAAGGUUGUGAAAGCAAAUAUGGGAGGAAACUGGUUAUGAGAAUUGAUGAUUUUGAGAAACCAACAGAAACAAAUGUUCUUUGUAGCAAUUGGAAGAAAUGGAAGCAACCUAUCAUAUGGUUUCAAGGAACUACUGAUUCUGUGGCAGCACAAUUUUUCUUAAAGAAUAUACACUCCCAGAUGAGGAUUGCUGCUCUUGCUUUAUUUGGUGACCCGCAAGUUCUAGGUUUACGACCCAAUGUUUUUGGGGAGCUCAUGAGGGUCCUCAUAUCCCCUUCAGAAGAUGUUAAGGCAGCUGUCAAUUGGGUUAUUGGUGCUGGGGAGAAUCCUGACAUCUCAUUGCAUAUGCGGAUGCUUAUGAAUAGGUCUGCAAGAGCUGUGCAAGCAGUGUUGCGUUGCCUGAGAAAAGCCAUGCAGAGUCAACACCUACUGUCAUCGAGACCAAAGGUGGUUCUGGUGUCAGAUACACCUGCUGUUGUUAAAAGUAUCAAAUCUAACAUAAGUGAAUUUGCAGAGGUUCUUCAUUUUGAUUAUGAAAAAUUCAAAGGAAGUAUGUUUAAAGGAUUUCGCAGUUCAGAUUUUAGAAGGAAGGAUUGGGGUACCGCGCCUAGAUGGGUUGCUUUUGUAGAUUUUUUUCUCGCUUCUCGUGCAAAACAUGCCGCAGUUUCUGGAGCUCACCGUCGUGUCGGGACUACAUAUGCUCAAUUAAUUGCUGCACUGGCAGCAGCCUAUAAUCUGGGGGACAAGUCUGGUUCAAGGUUUAUGUUCCUUAGCAGUUUCCAGAGCAAUUUGUUGAGUGAUGGCUUAAAGAAUCAGAUUGGUUGGGGCCAUGUGUGGAACAGAUAUGCUGGUCCAUUGAGUUGUCACAACCAGGCCAACCAAUGUGCCUUCACACCACUUCUUCCUUCUGCAUGGUGGGAUGGUCUUUGGCAGUCUCCAAUUCCAAGGGAUAUUAACCGUCUUGCUUCCUAUGGCAUCCGGCUAUCUGGUCUUGGCACUGUUGAUAACGAUUCCCUUAAUAGCCACUGUAAGAAAAGGAAAAAUGUUGUUCGAACAAUUACAUUCAAAUUGUAGUGUUUGGAAAUCACAUUUCUUAUUCUUAGUUAUAUAACCAUAAUCAUAAGUAGGGUUAAUUAUAUUUUAGUUAAAAUAUUUAACUUAUGUGCCA